AUGUCGCUACCUGUCACAACACCUCCAGGAGAUAUGUUCACGCCCGCCCUGGACGUCGCCGCAGCUACCACUGAGGAGAUCUCUCCCCUGACCCGCGCCUCCAGCGAUACCGCACCCCACCUACCCAUGCGCCGCCUGAUACGCGCGGAGAAGCGAAUUAGGGCCGCGGAGAAGGGUAUCAAGGCCGCCGGGAAGCGCGCAAAGGCCGCCGAGAAGCGUAUCAAAGCCGCCCUAAAGCCUGCCGCCACUAGCCCUCCAGAUCAUACAAUUUUGACAAGCGUCGGCGCUCGGACCAUCGUUUUCCGCCUUCACGGAAUAGACUACGAACUCCCGAACACCACCGGUGCGGGACUCGCUGAGACGCUCCGUGUUGCACGCGUCCACUGGGCCGAGGCGAGAGACGCGGACCAGCUACGUCUUACGGGCGAGCAGGUGGCGUGGCUACAUGGUGAGAUUGUGGUUAUUCAUGGGGGAAGAAUUCGGACGGGGACGGGUUGA